GGGACUCACAGAGCUCACACAACGACAAUGCCAAUUAAUCCCAAACUUGGUGGAUUAUUAUCAAACACAGCAGUCGGAUGAGAUGUGUGUUCCGGGUGGGUAUAUCUUAUUAUUGCUAUGAGUUAUUGUCCGGGGAGACCGGUUGGUGGUGAUAAGUUUCGGGGGUUGGGGGUUGAGGAGAGGGUGGGGAUUCAAGAGGCGUUUAAAAGGACGUAUGAGGGGUGUCUACGGUGCGAGGUGCUUAAUGUAGCUCGUGGGUUGGAUAAUCUUUUCUGGGAUGCUGAGAAUAAGAAAUGGUUGGUCCUCAGAGAUCUUCGGUAUGUGGCUGUCUGUGCUAACCAAUGCAAUUGUAUCGUCGAUUUCAAAUUCUGGAGCAGACCCAUUGCCUCUUUGUCAGAAUGGGGUCCGCACAUCUUGAAGCAAUGGUGGCUACAUGAGUGGUCUCCUCCGAGCUAACAUUGCAGUCGCAUAUCAAAAAAAAUGUUUCGUUCAACUUUUAUUUUCCCUAGAUAAACCCAAUCGAUCGCCAAUAGCAACGAACACGCUGGCCUGCAAAUCAAAUCAAUGUAUAUGUUUUUUAAAGAACCGGAUCCG